AUGGUUCACGUGACGAAGGCACCACAGCACCUGUUCCUCCUCCUGCAGCAGCUCGUCCCUCACAUCGUCGUGCGCAUGGUCUACCAUCUCAGGGAGGCAAGUUCCGACGCUGACCCGACGGUGAGCGUGGCCGUGAGCGACCUGGACGCGCUCUUCUCCUUCUGCCAGGCGCUCUGUGAGCGCAACCUGCGCGUGGAGGAGAUAUUCCGUGAUGUGCUCUGCUCCACGCAGGCAUAUGCUCAUUUCCGGGAAGGUUUGAUGCCGGACGGGACGCGCAGCAGCGGCCACGCCAGCAUCAGCGCCUCCUGGCGGUGUUACAGCGCAGCGUUCGCUGCUCUCCCUGACAUACAAAUGCCUGAUGAUUACCAUGACGUGACGGGUGCCGUGGGGGCCGUGGGGCACACGACGUUCCUAGACGAGCUCGUGUUCUGGAUGAUCAACUUCGAGUUCCCUGAGAAGCUCUCCUGCUUCCUCCUCAGCAUGCGGCCUGACGCUGUCUUUGAGACGUGA